AUGACGGCGGACGAUGGAGGAGAGAUGGAGUCCCUUCCCUCUGAGAUAUUGUCUGCCAUAUUCACUUUGGCUGCUGACGAGGAUGUCCUCUUUCACCAUGCGCUGCCCGACAUCGAUGGCAUCCACCCUGGAGAGGCUAUCAAUGCGCUCCAACGACGCAGCUACUCGACGAAGAAGAGCAUUAUCUUGACCUGCAAAACAUUCCAUCGCGUCGGCUACGAACUUUUAUUCCAUUGCCUCUUCUUCAACGGACCGUCCAAAAUCUCCGGUCUUUGUGCCGAUGGUGGACUAAGCGCCUCCACCUCACCUCUUAUUCGGACUGUCGUUCUCACUCCAGAAUCGGCAACCGCGCUAUCGACCGUCAUCAGGCACUGUCCUAACCUCGAAAUCAUGGUCAUGUCAUUUCCAGCUAGUAGCAGCGCGCGCACGAUUCAUACCCUUAACCUCAACGUCCCAGUUUCAAGCCUCUCCAAGCUGAUCUGGAUGGCCUUGAUGAUGAUGAUAAUUCCGCCACUCGGGGCAGCCGAAUCCAUUACUCUCACCCUACCUCAUCUCACCCAGCUCUCCUUGUACGGAAAUACCGCGCAGUUUCUCGAACAGACCCUGAAUUGGACCCUGCCAUCUCUUCGAUUCCUAUCGCUCAACACAUUCCAAUCCGACAUUUUACCUGUCUUGGAUGUGCAUGGCAGCAAACUUAUUCUCCUUGAUGUGACUUGUUCGCAUCCCAUCGCGAUGGAUCUAGUUCUCCAACGCUGCCCGAGCCUCGAAACGGGUCAGAUGAUGCACGAUAAUGUCCGUGAUGUUGGCCUGCACGGCUUGUCAUUGGCGUUUACCGCCGUGAAAAAAGACGGGCCUUCCCAACUAUCUCUCCUUGAUUCAAUGAUUCGGCGCGCAAAUGACUCCAACUUUAUCGCUGUGCUGGACAAGGCCAAGUUCCCCAAACUUGCCACGGUGCGAGUACUGAGCCCGAAUGUCCUGACGGCACUGGAGAAAAAUGGAGGCCCUGAGAAUGCGCCACCCAAUGAGUACGGGUAUAUAGACGAGCUUGAGGAUGGGUACAAACGUUGGGAGAGAUGGUGGGAUACAUGUUACAAGGCCGGUGUUAAAUUGGAGGAUUGUACUGGGGGUGUGCUAGGAGUGUUACCUGUCGAAGAAGAGGAGGAUGCUCAAGAGGACGAAGAUGAGGAUGAGGAUGAGGAUGAGGAUGAGGAUUUAUCUUGGGAGUACGAAGUGCCGCCAAUGGAACAGGAAGACACGUCCGGAGUAGGUGAGUUGCGAAAAUUGAUUGAGGAGUGCAGAAGGAUGGAGCUAGAACGGGAUACGUUCUGAUAUAAU